CAUUCGAUAAUCAAAAACUUCUUGUUUCAAUUUUCAGCCGCCGGAGCCAUAUUUCUCUUAGGGUUUUAGAAAUUUGCCGUAUAUCACCAAUCCAAGCAAUUAAUCCACUGUUUUUCUCAGAAUUCUUUUGCUAACCCCUAUAAAUUCAACAAUUAUUGGGUUGGUUAUUUUUAUUCUAAUUUUUUUUUGUUCUUGGAAAAGUCUUCGAUUCGAUCUUGAAGAAUGUCUCGGUGCUUUCCAUAUCCGCCUCCAGGGUAUUCACUGGAAAAGGUCGGCAACGAGGCUUUGGUCGAAUCGAUUAAGCUCCAAAUGGAGACCGAAAGGGUAGCCAAGGAGCAAAGGAAGAAGGAAAAGAGAGAGGAGAAGAAAGAGAAAAGGAAAUAUAAGAAGGAUGAGACAAAAGCCUGUACAGAAAAACAUAGGGCAGCACCAAAGAGUGGGUGUUUCCCAAAGGUUAGAGAAGCUGAAACAGAACAUUUAGAAAAAAGUAGCGUCACUGAAGAGCACGAGCAGCCUAUUUAUUUGUGCCUUCCAAGCUCUCCAUCAGAUAGCACUGGGAAUAGCAAUAAGAGGAAGAGACAUUCCUCACCUUUAGUUGGCAGUCAUAAUCGUGGAAAUAUUAUUAGGAUUCGAUUGCUGCCCCCGAAGAAGCCGAAGGAACAUGAUACUGCUGGAAGAAUAGAUUUUCCCGCAGAACAUGCUAAUGAAAUUGCUAACAGAUUCAGUCAAGAAAGAAAUUUCUCCGCUAAGGAAAACAGCUCCAUUGUGGGAGCCUUUCCCAUUGGAACUGUUAAGGAGCAUGUUUGUUCAACUUCUGGGAGGGAUGAGGCUGCUGCUGCUUCUGCUUAUGGUAAAGCUAGAACUGCAUCAGGUCACCAUACAGUUAUGACUAAUAUGCAGAAAGUGGAAUUAGAGUAUAGAAGUUUAUUCGAGAACUGGGAUCCACCUCAGCUGCAGGCACAACACAUUGGUCAAGACGAUGAAGAAUGGCUCUUUCGGGGCAGAAAUCAGGAUGUGCGUGUGGAGAGAAAACUCAAACCGUUCAGUGAUCCUAUAUCAUGUUCUAGUGCCUCAGUUUCUGGGCCUCGUGCACAAUAUUUGCAUGAAGCUGAUGUAUAUGCACUGCCUUUCACAGUCCCAUUUUGAAUUUUGUGCCAGUUUAGACAGCUAUGUAAUGAGCUGCUGCCUGAGGAUUUUUGUAGGUCUUUCUCCGAAGGCUAUGAGGUGACUUGCUGCGAGGAUCUAGUUUGUAUGUAUGAGCUGAAAAUGUCUCUUACAUAGGUUUUGCCUUGAAAAAUCUUUGGAAGAGGAUAUGAUCAGUUCGUUUUUGCAUCAAUUAUUGAUCAAUAUUAUCAAAUUGUCAGUUUUGUAGCUAAUAUAGCUCUUGAUUGGUUCUCAUUAUUUCUUCAUUAAAAUGAAAAAUAUGAUCGUUA